ACUGCAUCUAACGGUUGUAACCAGCGUGUGGGAAACGCGUUCAUGCUCACGUGAUCUGAGCGGGUCGCCUGCGGGUCCUGUCAAAUCGCGGCGAAUGAGGGCGGCGGGUUCACAAACUUAAACGGCGUGCCGCUGGAUCUGGGAGCCGCUGGGCCGCUGGUGCCGCCGGUCAUAUAUAUAUCAAUAUAUGGAGCUUGGCGAGAUCCCUUCCCUGCUUUGCAGCCAAGGCAAGAACGGAGGAGCCCCACCGCCCAUGGACCCCACACUCUCUCUCGAGGUCAUAUGCGACAUCGCAGCUUACUUGCAGCAACCCGACCUCAUCAAGCUCGCCCGCGCAUGUAGAAAAUGGCACGACGCGCUCAUCAAGCGAGCAUAUCGCAACGUGGUGCUUAAUUCGACCCGAUCCCGUCAGCACAAAAACAUUAAAGCAUUCCACCGAACACUUCGUGCCCAUCCAGACCGAGCCCAGUGGGUGGAACGCUUGGAACUGCACGCCUUGUGGGAUUGGAACCGUAACGGCAUCUUCGUGACUUCUCCGUUGUGCAAGGUUUUGAACCUGUGCUUGUCGGCGAAAGAGAUAGACUUCUCCUUGACGGUGGACGACUUUGUCAACACCUUCGCUCUCAAGAAUCACACUCUUCGCCUUGGGGCGUCCCGCGUUUUCGAAGAAGGGACACAGCACUACCGGGAGCAAGUCCUCCGCGCCGUUCUGCCAGAACUCCCAAAACACCAUCCCGAGAUAACCGAACUGAGACUCGCGAAUAUGGGCCUAAGCUUCGGCGACGUGAGCGACAAAGCUACCCACUUUCCGAACGUGACGGACCUCUGGCUGGCCAAUGCGACGUUGAACCUGACCGCCCUCUGGCUGACCAAUGGGACGUUGUCCAUGAGCGGAGCGGGGCGAGGCUACUAUCACGCCUUCCCAAAUUUGAAGCAAGUGAUGGAGAGCGACAAGAGAGACAAUGGAAACACCAAUGAGCCGCCGAAAACCUUCCGAGUGUACGGAAUCGACCAAUGGAUAUCUAUUCAUGAAUGAAUUCGCGCGCACCUCGGAGUAACGGAUUAAAGUAGCGUCGACUGCAUCCAAGAUCAGUAGGGAGAGUGGGCGAUCGGCUCCCACAAUUCACGUCCGAAACGCAUUCCUAACAACUGCUCAGGAGGAACGCAUCUACCGAGUCCGUACAGACCGAACAGCAUCUCUCACGAAAUGCUCAUAGACUAGAUAGAUGCGAACAAUGCAGCGGACUUAGCAUA